CAGGUUGGCUGCGUCCGCGAAGAGCGCGCGCGCUUCCGCCCGGCGUCGGGCUCGCGCACGCGCACGGCGACGGUGGCGGUGGCGGCCGUUCCUGCCGGGGGCUGCGAGCAGCCGGUGGCUUCGAGGGAAGCGGCGGCGCGGAGGGGUUCAGCGGCGGCGGCGGCGGCUCGGCGCUGGUAGCCCUCGGCACGGCUGGCGCCGGGGCGGGCGGUUCGGUCCGUUCCGGGCGCGCGGGGGCUACAGCGGCGGCGACCCGAGGCCUGCGGCCUAGGCCUCAGCGCAGCGGCGGACUCGAGUGCGGUGAGGAGCCGGCCCGAGGGCCCUAUCCGGCGGCACCAUGAGCGUGGAGGCGUACGGGCCCAGCUCGCAGACCCUCACUUUCCUGGACACGGAGGAGGCCGAGCUGCUCGGCGCCGACACUCAGGGCUCCGAGUUCGAGUUCACCGACUUCACUCUUCCUAGCCAGACGCAGACGCCCCCCGGCGGCCCCGGCGGCCCGGGCGGUGGCGGCGCUGGAGGCCCGGGCGGCGCGGGCGCGGGCGCUGCGGCGGGACAGCUCGACGCGCAGGUUGGACCCGAAGGCAUCUUGCAGAACGGGGCUGUGGACGACAGUGUAGCCAAGACCAGCCAGUUGUUGGCCGAGUUGAACUUCGAGGAAGAUGAAGAAGACACCUAUUAUACGAAGGACCUACCCAUACACGCCUGCAGUUACUGUGGAAUACACGAUCCUGCCUGCGUGGUUUACUGUAAUACCAGCAAGAAGUGGUUCUGCAAUGGACGUGGAAAUACUUCUGGCAGCCACAUUGUAAAUCACCUUGUGAGGGCAAAAUGUAAAGAAGUGACCCUGCACAAGGACGGGCCCCUGGGGGAGACAGUCCUGGAGUGCUACAACUGCGGCUGUCGCAAUGUCUUCCUCCUCGGCUUCAUCCCAGCCAAAGCUGACUCAGUGGUGGUGCUGCUGUGCAGGCAGCCCUGUGCCAGCCAGAGCAGCCUCAAAGACAUCAACUGGGACAGCUCGCAGUGGCAGCCACUGAUCCAGGACCGCUGCUUCCUGUCCUGGCUGGUCAAGAUCCCCUCCGAGCAGGAGCAGCUGCGGGCGCGCCAGAUCACGGCGCAGCAGAUCAACAAGCUGGAGGAGCUCUGGAAGGAAAAUCCUUCCGCCACUCUGGAGGACCUGGAGAAGCCGGGGGUGGAUGAGGAGCCGCAGCACGUCCUCCUGCGGUACGAGGACGCCUACCAGUACCAGAACAUAUUCGGGCCCCUGGUCAAGCUGGAGGCCGAUUAUGACAAGAAGCUGAAGGAGUCCCAGACUCAAGAUAACAUCACGGUCAGGUGGGACCUGGGCCUUAACAAGAAGAGAAUCGCCUACUUCACUUUGCCCAAGACUGACUCUGGUAAUGAGGAUUUAGUCAUAAUUUGGUUAAGAGACAUGCGGCUCAUGCAGGGGGAUGAGAUAUGCCUGCGGUACAAAGGGGACCUCGCGCCCCUGUGGAAAGGGAUCGGCCACGUCAUCAAGGUCCCUGAUAAUUAUGGCGAUGAGAUCGCCAUUGAGCUGCGGAGCAGCGUGGGUGCACCCGUGGAGGUGACUCACAAUUUCCAGGUGGAUUUUGUGUGGAAGUCGACCUCCUUUGACAGGAUGCAGAGUGCGUUGAAAACGUUUGCUGUGGACGAGACCUCGGUGUCCGGCUACAUCUACCACAAGCUGCUGGGCCACGAGGUAGAAGACGUGAUCAUCAAGUGCCAGCUGCCCAAGCGCUUCACGGCGCAGGGCCUCCCUGACCUCAACCACUCCCAGGUUUAUGCCGUGAAGACUGUGCUGCAGAGACCGCUGAGCCUGAUCCAGGGCCCGCCAGGCACAGGGAAGACGGUGACGUCAGCCACCAUCGUCUACCACCUGGCCCGGCAAGGCAACGGGCCAGUGCUGGUGUGUGCCCCAAGCAACAUUGCUGUAGACCAGCUGACGGAGAAGAUCCACCAGACGGGGCUGAAGGUCGUGCGUCUCUGUGCCAAGAGCCGUGAGGCCAUCGACUCCCCGGUGUCCUUCCUGGCCCUGCACAACCAGAUCAGGAACAUGGACAGCAUGCCCGAGCUGCAGAAGCUGCAGCAGCUGAAAGACGAGACCGGGGAGCUGUCUUCGGCCGAUGAGAAGCGGUACCGGGCCCUGAAGCGCACCGCAGAGAGAGAGCUGCUGAUGAAUGCAGAUGUCAUCUGCUGCACAUGUGUGGGCGCUGGCGAUCCGAGGUUGGCCAAGAUGCAAUUCCGCUCCAUUUUAAUCGACGAAAGCACCCAGGCCACCGAGCCAGAGUGCAUGGUUCCUGUGGUCCUCGGGGCUAAGCAGCUGAUCCUCGUGGGUGACCACUGCCAGCUGGGCCCGGUGGUGAUGUGCAAGAAGGCGGCCAAGGCUGGCCUGUCACAGUCCCUUUUCGAGCGCCUCGUGGUGCUGGGCAUCCGGCCCAUCCGCCUGCAGGUCCAGUACCGGAUGCACCCUGCACUCAGCGCCUUCCCAUCCAACAUAUUCUACGAGGGCUCCCUCCAGAACGGUGUCACUGCAGCGGAUCGUGUGAAGAAGGGAUUUGACUUCCAGUGGCCCCAACCUGAUAAACCGAUGUUCUUCUACGUGACCCAGGGCCAAGAGGAGAUUGCCAGCUCGGGCACUUCCUACCUGAAUAGGACUGAGGCUGCGAACGUGGAGAAGAUCACCACAAAGCUAUUGAAGGCGGGCGCCAAGCCGGACCAGAUUGGCAUCAUCACGCCUUACGAGGGCCAGCGCUCCUACCUGGUGCAGUACAUGCAGUUCAGCGGCUCCCUGCACACCAAGCUUUACCAGGAGGUGGAGAUCGCCAGUGUGGACGCCUUUCAGGGGCGCGAGAAGGACUUCAUCAUCCUCUCCUGUGUUCGGGCCAACGAGCACCAAGGCAUCGGGUUUUUAAACGACCCCAGGCGUCUGAACGUGGCCCUGACCAGAGCAAGGUACGGCGUCAUCAUUGUGGGCAACCCGAAGGCGCUGUCGAAGCAGCCGCUCUGGAACCACCUGCUGAACUACUACAAGGAGCAGAAGGUGCUGGUGGAGGGGCCGCUCAACAACCUGCGUGAGAGCCUCAUGCAGUUCAGCAAGCCGCGCAAGCUGGUCAACACCAUCAACCCGGGGGCCCGCUUCAUGACCACAGCCAUGUAUGAUGCCCGGGAGGCCAUCAUCCCCGGCUCCGUCUAUGAUCGGAGCAGCCAGGGCCGGCCCUCUAGCAUGUACUUCCAGACCCAUGACCAGAUUGGCAUGAUCAGCGCCGGCCCCAGCCACGUGGCCGCCAUGAACAUUCCCAUCCCCUUCAACCUGGUCAUGCCGCCCAUGCCGCCACCCGGCUAUUUCGGACAAGCCAACGGGCCAGCUGCAGGCCGAGGCACCCCGAAAGGCAAGACUGGUCGUGGGGGACGCCAGAAGAACCGCUUUGGGCUUCCUGGGCCCAGCCAGACCAACCUCCCCAACAGCCAAGCCAGCCAGGAUGUGGCAUCACAGCCCUUCUCGCAGGGCGCCCUGACGCAGGGUUACAUCUCCAUGAGCCAGCCCUCCCAGAUGAGCCAGCCCGGCCUCUCCCAGCCGGAGCUGUCCCAGGACAGUUACCUUGGCGAUGAGUUUAAAUCACAGAUCGACGUGGCGCUCUCACAGGACUCCACUUACCAGGGAGAGCGGGCUUACCAGCACGGCGGGGUGACGGGGCUGUCCCAGUAUUAGAAGGUGGCGGCGGAAGAGCUAAGCAACGUGGCUUAGUCCAUCAGCAUCUUAUUCUGGGUAAUAAAAAAUAAAAAUAAACGGAUACCUGUUUUCCACUGCUAAAACUGAAGCACCACUGUGUGAGCGACAGGAAGGGAGAGCGCACGAGGGAGAGGAGCCGAGGCCGAGCGCCCCCUGCUGGCCCGCGGCGGCGAGGAGCAGAGGGAGCGGAGGAGGGGCCGGCCCGCGGGAGCCGCCGCCACCAGGAGGCCCCGCUCCGUCCCACCGGGGCUGCGGCCAGGGCGGAGGGAGGAAGACCCUCAUCAGAGUAGCCCUUUCCUCUGUUCUUCUAUUUCUUUUUCUCUUUGACUGAAAGGGGACUACGUCUUAGCAGGAAAAAACUUCGCAUUUCUGUGCCCGAGCAGGCUCCUUCCAAAGGCCACGGCGCCCAGGCAGAGCCCCAGGAGGGCGCAUCUGUCCACGCCGACCGGACCCGCCGAGGUCACGCUGCCUGUUCUCAGAGGGCCUUCAUUUAAAGAAAUUAACGGUGUUUGGGGUUUUUCUUUUUUUUUUUUUUCUCCCAAGAUUCUUUUAAAGGCGUACUGAAAAAUACUUUCCUAAGUUUGUAUCUAAAAUCUUAGCGGUGGACCUGGGAGAUGCGAGAAGCUUCCAGAAACAGUUUAAACAAGCCAGCGCCGCUGGAGAAGAGGAGCGACACCUGUGCCUAGGCCCCAAGGAGGACUGUCGUCGGUUUUAGCUUCCAACGGCUUCAAGAAGCAGGUGAUCAGGCCGCUGGGGUAGCUGCCCGUUCUCCGCUGGACUCAGAAGCCAAGCUACUUCCUGCCCGGACUCGGCGAAGGGCCCUGCGCCUGUGACGAACGUGCUUUUGGCCUCACCGAGAGGGGCCUUGUCCAGGACUGGCCCUGUGGCCAGGGGGAGAGAGAAGGUGGCUGUUCCCGGAUCGACGGCUUUUUCCGGGGUCCUUUGAAGGAUUUGGUGGAAGGACAAGAGGGCCCGUCCCCGUCCCCAGCAGGUACCGGCAGUCCUGUGCUGAUUAGACACGGCGCUGCACACCACUCCCGCAAAGUGGGAGCUCCGCCUGCCAAGCAGCUUUGCCGAUGGGGUGAUGGCUGCUGCUAGGGGGAAGGAAACAAGUCAAAGAAAUCACCUUCUGUGUGAGGCUGGGAGUGUGGGGUCGUUUUAGUUGGGAGAGCUGCUCCAGCCCCUCGAACACCUAGCUUGGGGCGUCAUUCGGCCUGGUGGCCAGGCCUCCAGCCUCCCCCAGCCUGGGUCUGGGGUUGUCCCUGGCACUAAGCUGAACACCUCCAGGUUCCCGCUUCUGCAUGGGACAGACGGGGACGUACAGGCCACCUACCUUCUGGCAGGGACUCGUAUUUAUUCCCAUUGCUCUAGGGCUUUCGGUUUCCCCUUCUUUCGGUAGGCCGUGUAGAGGCACAGACCCGGCUAGAUUUCCGCUGUGACCCUGCAGUGGCCUGAGGGGCGCCACCCGCCCCACCCAGCUGUCGGGCUGGGCCACUUUGCCUCUGCUUCGCCCUGUGCUGUUUUCUCCAGCUUUGUAGCAGCAGCCACUGACCUUGACAAACCCAGGCACACUGUACCAAGGCAAUGUAACUUUUGAUUUUUGGUCAAUUUAAAUUCUUUUGUCACCAAUAAAAUAUUAAUAAACAGUUUUGCCU